GAUACGCGAUAAUGAAAGAACGAAUCGAUCAGGAUCCAAAUUCAGUUCUCUGUUGUCAAGUUGUGACUGCGAGUGUUGUCAUAGUAACAGCAGGUCGGACAGAUGACUCGAGCAUCUUGUUUGGAGUCGGACUGUUUUAGCUGUUGCACACCGAUUGAGCAAGGAAACAUGGCGUCCGGCUAUGUCAUUCGUCGUGGAGCGGUUACGCUCGGGAUUCGGUGUCAGCGUGUUUCCAGGAAUAUCGCCUUUGCACAGGUUAGAGAGAAGAAACGGUGGACGAGAACUUAUGAGCUUCACCUCGCAAAUAAACUCCGACGUGACGGAGCGCCUCCAGCGAAGCCACGUUCACAGAAGCCAAAUUGGGAUUACCAUGUGGAAGUUCAGGCAUUCAGCGCCCGCCUUCAGGAGAACUUCUCCAUGGAGCUUCUUAAGACUGCUUUUGUAAAUCCCUGCUACCUGCAGGCAGAGCAGAAGCGAAGACAAGACCUGGGCCUGGAUUCUGAAGUGACGGCUCUUGUUCUCAAAGCGAACACAAAGCUCAGCGCUCAGGGAGCUGACUUUAGCAAAAGCUUUCUGAAUGACUGGUGCAGGGCCAGCUUCCCCAACCUGCCCAAUGAGGGAGUGGAAAGCAUCGUAGGGCAUCUCACUAGUCUCGAAGUCGUCACCUAUGUUGCAAAGAACCUUGGCAUGGAUGAUCUAACGAUGAGCGCAGACUUUCCCCUCCCAGAUGAUGUUCUUCAUGCCACAUUCAUGGCAGUGAUUGGCGCUCUUCAUGAGAGCAGUGGUGCCCAGCGAACAGGAUUUUUUAUCAGAGAUUUUCUCGUCUCUCAGAUGAUAGGAAAGGAGCUGUUUGAUAUUUGGACAGUGAAGAAUCCAAUGGGACUACUGGUGGAAGAGCUUACACAGAGAAACGUUCCACCACCAGAACCCAGACUCAUCAGGUCGGCUGGGUCCAGCACUGUCCUUCCUCUCUACUUUGUUGGUUUGUACAGCGAUAAGACGUUCUUGUCUCAGGGUCCAGGAGAAACACUUACAGAAGCAGAGGAUGAAGCAGCACGGGUAGCCUUGCGCAGACUGUAUGGCUACACCCAAAACUGCAAACCAUUUGACUUUUCUCCGCAACAAAAUCAUCAGAAGGUUUUGACUUCUGCUGUUGGCAGUAGCUAGUAUGACCCUCACCUACAGAAGAAACCAUGUAAUAUAUGGGGCUGUAUUAUUUUUAAUAAAAGCAUGUCAA